GGUUCAGUUGCUAUUGAGUUGUCACUCCAGUCGAAAUUAGCUGUCAUGAAGGGGACCAUUUUCCUCGCAAUCAGUGUUCUCAGUAUUUUUGGGGGCAGAAGUGUCUGCGGUCAAGAUUAUUUCGAAUUCAUGAGGAAUGAGGGAAACAGGGGAUUCCAUCGUCAGAGAUCACCGCCGCCUGCGCCGAAGAUAAAUAAUGUUACAGUCAGUCGUUCCUCCAAACUAUCGGUAUUUACUAACGCAGCGUAUACUGAUGACGAUUUCUAUGGUUCAAACAUCGGGAAGCCUCCACAAGUGGUUGCCUGCAAAGGACGGAUUCAAGAUAUCUUUGCGAUGGGAUACAAGGCCAUGUGUAAUCCCAAAGUCACUCUGGUCAAAUUGAAUCCUGAUCCUGGGUACGAGUACAGUCCUAGUAUUGUUCUUCUCAAGCGAUGCAAAGGUCCUUGUGGACACUCCACCCAGUCUUGCAUGGUGAUGGAGUCGAAUUUUAGGACUAUAUACGUUAAGAGGAGGGAGAUCGCCAAUGGGCUCUUCAUGAAAGCAGCGGAGUGUCUGGAAAUUGAGGUUGAAGAACACGCAAAAUGCAAAUGCGGAUGCGCUUUGAUGGCCAGCGAUUGCAACAAGAGGCAGAAGUACAUUCCCGAGGCCUGCGAGUGCAAAUGUCACAAUCUCAACGAUAAGAUGACAUGCGAUAAACAGGAAAACAUGGGCUGGGAUCCACAGACUUGUCGAUGCAUGUGCAAGAUGGAGGAGGAACUAUGUAAUACUGGAUUGCAUUGGGUGCCGUCAAUGUGCAAAUGUGCUCAAGUCAUGGACAAUUCUAUCUCGUCGUUCCAGGGAUAAUUUUUGGACAACUUUUUUAAAUUUCAAAUUACAAUUGCAUGAGAAGCUGAAUAGUAUCAGAAGUCGAGGAAAUCAAAAUUGUACGUCAAGUCGAAGAGUGGUAAUGACCCUUAACAAAAUUAUAUUUAGCUUUUCAUUCCUAAAACCAUUAGAUAAAAAAUUAAUUCAGCAACGCUGGGAAUGCGAGAUAAACCUGAAAUUCACGAGAAAUGUCUACAAAUUAAAAUAUGAUCUCUCUCGUUAUUUAUAUCCCA